AUGGCUUUAAGAAAUAUUUUACCAAUUCAAGAUCAAAAAGUAUGGUCAUAUUUUAUAAAUGCAGUAUCAAUUAUAUCACAACGAAUAAUCACAACUGAAGAAAUUAAUCAUGGACAUAGUUUAUUUAUAAAAUUUUUAAAAGAAUUUCAAAAACUAUAUGGUCCUAAUAUAAUAAUACCUAAUAUGCAUUAUUAUUUAUAUUUAAAAAAUAAUAUGUUAAAUUAUGGUUCUUGGUAUAGUUAUUGGUGCUAUGCUUAUAAAAGUUUAAAUAGACAAAUUGCAAGUUUUUAUACUUCUGGAAAAACUGUUGAAUUGGAUAUGCUUAAUUAUAUAAAUCCACAAAUUGAAAUUUAUAGACUUUUAGAUCAAAUAAAACCAACAUUAACAUCAACUGCACAAGCUUCUUUAGAUUAUUUACAAAAUAAACAAUUAGAAAAAGGAAUAUUAGCAAUAUAUAAUUAUACAAUUCCAGAAAUAAUAGAAUUUCAAUAUUCUAUUAAUAAUAUUAAUUAUUUUGUUACUAAAUCUGAAGAUUAUCCUGAAAGAUUAAUUAAACCUUUUUCUGAAGCAUAUUUAUUAAAUAAAAAUUUAAAAUUAUUAGUUGAUUAUUAUACUAAAAUAUAUUCAAAUGAUAAUCUUAAAUUUUAUACUGAAGGACAAGUAUCUAAUGAUUCAAAUUUAUAUUUAGUUUCAAAAAGAAUUAUAAAAGCUAGUGCUUUAGAAUUAUGUG